GCGGCGGUCGCCGCUGGGCCGGGACUUCCUUCCUCUGCCGCAGGACAGCAAAACAACCCGGCCGCGGGCGCGGAGCUGCCGGCCGCUGUCUGGGCGAGAGGCGCCGCGAUGGGCUCCGUGCUGAGCAGCGACAGCGCCAAAGCCGCCCCCGCCUCGGCCGCCCCCCGGGCCCUGGAGCGCAGCGGGGACCCCGAGCUGCCCGUCACGUCCUUCGACUGCUCCGUGUGCCUCGAGGUGCUGCACCAGCCCGUCCGGACCCGCUGCGGCCACGUAUUCUGUCGUUCCUGUAUCGCUACCAGUCUGAAGAACAAUAGGUGGACCUGUCCUUAUUGCCGGGCGUAUCUUCCCUCAGAAGGAGUUCCAGCCACUGAUGUAGCCAAGAGAAUGAAGUCAGAGUACCAGAACUGCACUGAGUGUGACACACUGGUUUGCCUCAGCGAAAUGAGGGCACACAUAAGAUCUUGUCAGAAGUAUAUAGAUAAAUACGGACCGCUGCAGGAACUUGGGGAGACGGCAACCAGGUGUGUAUGUCCGUUUUGUCAGAGGGAAUUGGAUGAAGACAGUUUGCUGGAUCACUGUAUCACUCAUCACAGAUCAGAAAGGAGAUCUGUGUUCUGUCCACUUUGCCGUUUACUACCUAAUGAGAAUCCAGGCAGCUUUAGUGGCAGUUUAAUAAGACAUUUGCAAGUCAACCACACUUUGUUUUAUGAUGAUUUCAUAGAUUUUAAUAUAAUUGAGGAAGCUCUUAUCCGAAGGGUCUUAGACCGGUCACUUCUGGAAUAUGUGAAUCACUCAAACACCACAUAAUUUUAUUAAAAGGAAAGGGAAGGAGACCGUACAGUUGCACCAUGUGUUCAGAUGCUGCUUGAACAAUUGGAGGGAAAUCGUCAAUGUUCAGUGGGCAAAAAUGUACAACACAGUUAUAUGUUUGUCCAUGUUUAUCAUUAUAUUGCAUUUUAAGACUGCUUUCAUUUUGAUGGCUUAAAUCUGUUUUACAUUCUUGAGUUUUUUAGACACUUAACAACAAAAAAUAGCCUCUAUCAGCCAUUAAUAUGUGGAAGAGAACAUAAGGCAGGAUAUGUGGGUGAAGGAUCUUUUUUUGCAAAUUGGAUGAUACUGUGUGUAAUGCUAUAUAUUAGUAACUACUGUCAUGAUUGGGCAAGAUAACUAAUCUUUGUUCUAUAUAAAAAGAUGGAGAGUGAAACAAAGUACAGAUAUUCGGUUCUAGUGCUUAUCUAAUCUCUAAUAAAAUAAUAUGAGUAGCCUUGUAUUGGAGUAGGAGAGGAAAAUUUUGCAGGUCAACAAAGUCCACUUAACCAAAUUAUAAAACAUAAUACUGUAACAAAAUAAAUUUUGUGUUAGGAAUGUAUACUUAAUUCUUUGACUUUUUGUAACUAUGCACAAUAAGAAUUUAAUAUUAUAUUUUUCAAAUAUUUGUAGCUUAUCAUUUAGAAAUAUUUCUAUAAUAUAGGCAAUUUCUUAAGAACCUUCAGCUGAUAUUUAUAGUAGAAGUGUUCACAUCUAUAAUUUUUAGUGGAAAACCCUAAGGGCUUUGAUUUUUUUUUUUUUACUUUUAUUCUUUAGAAAAAACGUAAAAUAUAAAUACUUUAAACCAAACAAAAUGUAGCUUUUUACAUCAUUCUAAGGAAACACUGUUUUAGAAUUCUGCCAGCCAUUCUGUCUUGUGUGUCCAGUUGCAGUUAUCAACCAUCUUCUCAAACUCCACAGAAGUAACCACUACAGUGAUAGCCAUUGUCACUUCCUUGCAUUUCUUUAUUAUUACCCAAGUGUGUAUCUCUACACACUAUAUUUCAAUCUUAUCCAUUUAAAAUUGUUUUAUUGGCUAUAUCUUUUACAUCUUUUUAAUCCAUAAGUUCUCCUUUUCUUUUCCUUGGAGUUUCCUGAAGAACUUGAUCUUAUGACCUAUAGAGUUUCCCACAAUCUGUAUUUUGCUGAUUGCAUACUCAUGGUACAACUCAGCAUGUUCCUCUUUCCUCUGGAUAUUGACACAUGGAUCCAGAUGUUUGAAUACACUCAGGUUCAAUCCUGUUUGGCAAGACUAUAGGUCAUGGUGUGUUCUUUCAUCAGAGGGUACACUGUGUCUGGUUCUCUCUUUUUGUGAUGUCAGCUGAAAUUGAUACUUAUUGUCUGGAUCCAUUGAUUUAUUGUGAGUUGGAGGAUAUUCUAUCAUUUCUCUUUCAUUUACUAGCUGGAACAUUUUUAUAAAGAAAUGUUUCCUCACAUCUACUACUUGGUUAACCAGUGGUUAAGUUUGUAUAGGAAAAAAAAGUUUGUAUAGGAAAGGGAAAGUAAUUAUUUGUAUUUUCCCUUCAUUUACUGAUUUUCAAGAUAAUAAACUUGAUUCCUGUUACCUGCCAGAGAUCACUUCUUUUUUCAGUGUUACGAACUCAUGGACUCAAACGUAUUUGAUAGGCUUCAACCAAUUCAAAUAUUACCUUAUUGGAGUUCAAAUUGUCCCAUCUUUGGCCAUUGGGAGCCUCAUCAAGUUUUCUCUGAAUCAUUUUGACACUACAUGAGCUGUCUUUAUUAGCUUCCUUGCUAUCUUGGAAGACAAGAUAUUCCAGGCUCAACUUAGAAGCUUCAUGCCCCAGACCUAGAAUGAGCCAUUUCUCUAGGAAGCCUGGUUACUUUCAGUGAGAAAUGGUAUUUCAAAACCAUAAUUAAGGUUCAAAGAAUGCUCAUUGCUAUUGGAUUGGCCAUUGAUUCUAGGAGAAAGCUAGGAAAUCCCUAUUUUUUCUAAGAUAAAACACUUUGUGAGUUUAUUGUGAAACUUCCAAAUUAAAUUGAGUACUAGCUUUUACUUAAUCCUUUCUACUACUUAAUCCUUUCUACUACUACUACUAUUUCCUUUUUCUAUACUGAAAAUCCUGGUUUUCAAGGACAUGGGGGCAUGAUAGAGUUAGAAUAUCCCACAGUUAUUCAUUUCCUUUAUUUACCUUACACAUGCAGCAGCCUCAGAAUAACAAUGCUAAUACAACCACCACCAGUAUGAUAACUGAAACAAUUAAAACCUUUUCAGUUGCUCUUCCCAUUUUCUAUUUUUAAAAGUCAUACUUUGGCAGCAUUUGCAGAACAUAUUGGUGUAACAUAUUAUACUCUCUCCCUUCUAUUCUCCAUUUAGUCUUAUUUCUUCAAAUAACUGUAUUCAGUGCUUGCCACUAGUAGUUAUCUGAUGGUCCUAUUUUUCAUAUCUGGCUCUUCAAUGACGAAUCCAGGAUGUAGAAUGACGUCUCUGUAUUGUAAAGCAAGCAAAGGAAGCUAUGAAGAGUAGUGAUAACAAUUGAGGAUAAACUAUUUGGCUGUAGGUAGCUUUCUAAUUGUCAUCAUUUAUAAACUUUGUUCCUUACACAUAAACAUAGUCAUAAUCAUGGUGCCCCCAAUUUUUUUUUAUAAUAAAUUGUCCAUUCCUUCUUUAAAGGCUUGCUUACUAUUCUGCUAUCUACUGUGAGGUAAUUAGAAAAAUGUAAAAACCAGCCAAAAUCUAGAGGGCCUAUUCCCUCCCUUUUAGAUAUAGGCUUCAAGCUUGCUUUUCAUGGCUGCAGACAAGUAAGAACAGAUUUUUAGUUUCACAAGCUCUUGUCCUGCAAUUUGGAUAGAUCAUCCGAUAAAGCAAAACCCGCUGGACAACAAAUGUAAAAAGAGAGGAAUUUUUCAGAGAUAAUCAGGCUGAAAAUCUAGUCCCUAAAAAAUAAAACAAUAUAUUUCUGAGCAUUAGUACCGACGGUCCAAAAAAUCAAUCUUCUGUCCAGAAAAUAAAUCUUUGUUAGUUCAGAGCAACAUAAAAAGCAUCUUUAAAUCUGUAAAACUUGAACCUGAAAAAACUUCAAAAUCUUAAAACCUAGAUUUUAAGAAAGGCUUUAAAAAGUCAUCUACCACCAUUAACUUCAGUGCAGCAAUUAUACAGCCUGUUCCUGGGUUCCUCUUAGGAUAAUUUUGCCACCUACAGGACAAAUGAGGUGCUGGCCACCUGAAUUAGUUGGCUUUCUGAAUUAUUUUGAGUUCUUAAAUGCUGAAGUGCAAAUAUUCGUUGUUUCACUGUGCCUUUAACCUUUUAUAAAAAGGAAUUUAUAAUUAAUUGUUUUAAAAAAUGAAAAUAAUUAAUCAAACCAUCAUACUGUACACCUUAAACCUUAUAUACUGAUCUAUGUCAAUUAUUUCUUAAUAAAAUGGGGGGAGGGGGAGAAGGAUGAAAACCAAUAUUUGAAGCUGUUGACUACUAACAAAAAAGUUUCAUUCACUUUCUUUAUAGCGCCUCCAGAGGCAUUUUUUCCAAGGCCUUAUAAGGAAAAAAAACUGAUCGACACGUUAUUCUUUAAACAACUAACAUCUUCUAACCCAGCAAAAAGCUAUGGAGAUUUUCCUUCAUAUACUUUUUCACCCAAGUUUCUAAAACGUAGGUUGAAAAAUUGGAUUAUGAAUCUGUGAUGAACAGAGCUUCAGAUCAGAACUCCUAAGAGAUCCUGUCUCCAGUGAUGUUGCUUCAUUUCUUUUACUGGUGCUAGGUAUCUUUCAUUUUGAAGUGAGCUUACUCCAGUUAUUGCAAGUUUAUGAUAUUAUCAUUUGUAUCUUUAAACACUGAAGUUGUUUUAAAAAGUCACUAAGAGAUUUGUUCUUUUAUUAUUCAAUUGCAACAACAAAUCUGUAUGAUGAUUAGAAUUUUAAAUGUACAAUUCUUUUCCUUCUGUAAAUAUGUAUUAUUGUUAGAAAUAAAGAAUGGCAGGACCAUUGCUUUCAUUAAAAUGUC